UCUGGGCAUCCCGUCCUGGGUCGUCACCAACUACUACUCAGCUCACGACAAUGAUGGAAACUUGUAGACUGACAUAAUCGUGGAUGAAAACGGCAGGAUCGAUCGAAACAGAACCAGGGACUCUAUCUGGAACUAUCACUGCUGGAACGAGUGCUACAUGUCCAGACCUGACCUCCCUCCUGGCUUUGGGGGCUGGCAGGUUGUGGAUGCAACACCACAGGAGACCAGUGAUGGCAUGUACAGAUGUGGACCUGCGUCAGUCCAGGCCAUCAAGCACGGACAGAUUUGCUUCCCAUUUGACGCUGCGUUCGUGUUUGCCGAGAUUAACAGUGAUGUGGUGUUUCAUUCCCGGAGGAAAGAUGGAACCAUGGAGCCAGUCAGAGUGAACCGAACUCACGUAGGCCGCCUGGUUCUGACCAAAUCUCCGGGAGAUGUGACUCGCCGCGACAUCACGGAUCAAUACAAAUUCGCUGAAGGCAGCACAGAGGAGCGGACAGUCCUGGAAAAAGCAGAGGAGUACGGCUGCAAACGAGAGAAGUCCAGCCCUCCCGCGGCUGAUGUGGACGUGGUCCUGCCCAAUCUGGAGAUCAGCGUGGGUGACAACUUUGAGCUGAACGUGGAGUUCAUAAACAAGAGCGAUGAGCGCCGCACUGUGGACGCCUACAUCAGCGGGAGUGUGGUGUAUUAUACUGGAGUCGCCAGCACCGAGUUCCUGUUCCUGACCCCCAGGGUGGCGAUUGACCCGAAAACAAAUAAGAAGGAGGUGGCGAGUGUGGAGUCGAAGAACUACAUGAAGCGUCUGGUGGAACAAGCUAAUCUCCACUUCAUUGUUACGGGGAAGAUCAGAGAGACCGGUCAAAUCAUCACCGCAAUGAAAGUCGUCACCCUGCGCAACCCCAAACUCAUCGUAGAGGUGUCUGGUAAAGGCAAAGUGAGUGAAGAGAUGAUAGCAAAUGUGGAGUUCACAAACCCCUUCAGCUUCAACCUGGAGAACGUCUACAUUCGCAUGGAAGGACCUGGGAUGAUGGAGCCAAAGUCCAGGUAUUACAGGCUGAUCACAGGAGGCUCUUCUCUGACCUGGACCGAGUAUUUCACUCCACAGAGGGCAGGGACAAGCAGGGUGAUCGCCACUCUGGACUGUCCUGCUCUCCGGCAGGUCCAAGGCCAGGCGUCUGUCACUAUCAACCCCUGAGAAUUGCUACGUUCACAAA